AGGGUUACUUUGUUUUACUAUAAACAUGCAGACUUUACGCGAAUUUACGCGUAAAACUAAACGCGGUAACAUAUUGAAGAUUGUUAGAGAGCAUUAUCUUCGCGAUGACAUUGGUUGCGGCUCAGACCUCUGUCAGUAUUGUUUCCAAAAUGAGGUCUACCAGUUGACAUCGAAUCACGAUGUUAAGAGCAGCCUUUUCAAAUUUCCGCACUAUAUUGUUUUGGAUACCAACGUGGUCUUGGACCAAAUCGAUGUGCUCGAAGAGGAUGUGCUGCGCAAUGUCAUCGUCCUCACCACGGUGCUGAACGAGGUUAAGCACAAGAGCUCAUCCAUUUAUAAGCGUUUCAAUGAGAUUAUUCACGAUCGCAAACGCAACUUCUAUGUGUUUGUCAAUGAACAUCAUAAGGACACCUAUGCCGACCGCGAGCCGGAUGAAAGCGCUAACGAUCGCAAUGAUCGCGCCAUACGCCUGGCUGCCAAAUGGUACGAUUCUCAUCUACAAACCUCCCAAGACUCGAAAGUCUUCGAGCGCAGUGGACGCACAGUCACACGCGUUGUACUCCUGACCGACGAUGCUGGCAAUCGUGCCAAAGCCGAAGCUGAGGGUAUUUUAGUAGCAACUGCUGCGGACUAUGUUAAAUCGCUUGAGGACUAUCCCUUGCUGGUCGACAAGUUGUCCCAAAAGACAUUUGAAAAUGAGAAACAAGCGUUGCCCCAAUAUCCACCGCAUUUAAGUAUGAAAGAAAUACUUGAGGGACUGCGCCACAAAAAGCUACUGCAAGGUUCAUUCCAGGCAUCCAGGGAGAACUAUCUCGAAGGCAAUGUCAACGUGGAGAGCUAUGAGAAAGGCAUUUUAAUACAAGGGCGCGAGUCUCUUAAUCGUGCUGUGGAUGGAGACAUUGUUGCCGUCGAAUUAUUGCCUGAAAGUGAAUGGUCAGCGCCUAGUGAGAUAGUGUUGGAGGAGAAAAAUGUGUAUGCAGACGACKUGCCCAGUGAAGAGCGCGAAGAAGAGGAGAUGGAAAUGCUGCAGCAAUUGCAAGCUGCACCAGUUGAGGAACGCACUCCCACUGGUCGCAUCGUUGGUAUUGUGCGUCGCAAGUGGCGUCAGUAUUGUGGCAUUCUACAGCCCAGCCUCAUCGAGGAUACGACACGRCAYAUCUUUGUGCCCGCCGAUCGUAAGAUCCCGCGCAUACGUAUAGAAACGCGCCAAGCAGCUAAACUGCAAAACCAACGCAUCGUUGUGACCAUHGAUAGUUGGCCAAGGAACUCGCGGUAUCCGCAUGGCCACUUUGUGCGAUCCCUGGGGCCACUGGGCAACAUGGCCACCGAGAAUGAAGUGAUCUUGCUUGAGCACGAUGUGCCGCACUGCAAGUUCUCUGAAGAGGUUCUCAGUUUCUUGCCCAAAAUGCCGUGGACUAUUACCGAAGAGGACUAUGCUAAGCGCGUAGACUUACGCGAUUUGUAUAUUUGCUCUGUAGAUCCGCCUGGUUGCACGGACAUUGACGAUGCCCUCCAUUGCCGCGAGCUGCCCAAYGGAAAUUURGAGGUGGGCGUGCAUAUUGCCGAUGUGAGCCAUUUCAUACGACCAGGCAAUGCGUUGGACAAAGAAGCUGCCGCGCGUGGCACAACAGUUUACCUGGUUGGCAAGCGCAUCGAUAUGGUGCCGGAGUUGUUAAGCUCGAACCUUUGCUCGUUGGUUGGCGGCGAGGAACGCUUUGCCUUCUCCGUUGUGUGGGAAGUAGAUCAUCAAGCGAACAUUUUGGCUAAGCGUUUUCACAAGAGUGUCAUCAAGUCAAAGCGUGCCAUGACCUAUGAGGAGGCACAGGCAAUUAUCGAUGAUGAAGCACAAACGGGCGAAAUCGCCAAAUCGCUGCGUCAUCUGAAUAGACUGGCCAAAAUACUAAAAAAGCGGCGUAUGGACAACGGUGCUCUAGUKUUAGCAUCGCCCGAGAUUCGMUUUCAAGUGGAUAGUGAAACGCAUGAGCCGCUUGAGGUUGAAGCCAAGCAAAUGCGCGAUACCAACUCAAUGGUCGAAGAGUUCAUGUUGCUGGCAAAUAUAAGCGUGGCUCAGCAUAUUGCUGCAGAGUUCACGGAGUGCGCAGUCUUGCGUCGUCACCCGAAGCCCCCAAAUACAAACUUUGAUCCGCUAAUAAAAGCAGCCCGCUAUCAGGGCUUCGAGGUGGUCACGGAUACCGGGCUAGAACUGGCGCAUUCACUGGAUAAAUGUGUCAAGGCCGACAAUCCUUAUUUCAACACGAUGAUACGCAUCUUAGCCACACGAUGCAUGAUGCAGGCUGUGUAUUUCAUAAGUGGAAGCCUGCAAAAGGAAGAGUUCUUCCAUUAUGGCUUGGCCGCCGAAAUUUACACUCAUUUCACCUCACCCAUUCGUCGGUACUCGGAUAUAAUGGUGCAUCGCCUAUUGGCAGCCUCCAUAGGCGCAGACAGUACCUAUGCCCAGUUGCUAGACCGCAAGUCCAAUGAAGAGAUCUGCAACAAUUUGAAUUACCGMCACAAAAUGGCGCAAUACGCUGGUCGCGCAUCAGUUGCACUUAAUACACAUUUGUUCUUCCGUGGAAAGGAGGAGGAUGAGGAAGGUUAUGUCUUGUUCGUACGGAAGAACGCAUUGCAGGUUCUUAUACCCAAGUACGGGCUGGAGGGCACUCUGUAUCUGAAAAGCGAUAAGGAUGGCAAGGACGGCUUGGAGCGCACUAAGAGCGAAGUCAUAUUCACAUUCAAUGAGGAAGACCACACGCAACGGUGUGGCAAUGUGAUUUUCCAUUCCUUUGAUCCCGUCACUGUUAGGUUGAGUCUAGACUCGACCAACGUACAGCAUGAGAAACUGGUGUUCAAGCUGGUGAAACCGUACAUCAAGGGAUUUAGUGUUGAAACAACAACGGAGGUGGUCCCACCAGCUAAUGCACAGCCACCAGCUAAGAAAUCCAAGAAGGAUAAAAAGAAGAAAUAAUCGACGAAUAAAAC